AUGUUUACUUCUUUUUGUGCUCUGUUUCCGCGCGGCACUGUCCUUUUCAUGCACUUUCGACUUCAACAAAGGAAGAUGCCGAUCAACAACGUCCGGAUUACGACGGCGCUUAUCCUUUCAUCUCUCUUUUUUAUCAUUUCAACGGAUUUGACGACUGAGGACGGCGAAGGCGACGACAAACAAACGACAACUACGGACGAUGAAGCGACGAGGCGCUGA